AUGUAUAGCUACCCACGAGAAGAGAUACAAGUGUCUGAUUCACUUAUUCAGUAUUUGAUUGAAGACCGUGUUUGGGUUGUGCCUGAGGGUAAAAGUGAGGGUGUUAUCACAGACAGGAAAAGGUUUUAUUCCGCCACCUUCAACACGGAAACAAAAUUCGUAUAUUGUGAUUAUCGGAAAUUUGAGACUAGUGGCAUUAUUUGCAGGCACAUCAUUAGGAUUCUAGAACAUAACCAGGUUGUUGACAUCCCCCAACAAUAUAUUCUGAAUAGGUGGAGGAAAGAUAUACUAAGGAAGCACACAUGUGUGAAGGUUUCUUACUAUGACCCUAAUAAGACUUUGGUGGGGAAAAGAUAUAAUACACUAAUGAAUGCGUUUGAGCCAAUAUGUGAGGAGGCUGCCAUGGUGAACGACGAGGCAGUUGCAAUGGUGCUUGAGUCUCUUGAGAAACUUAAGUCAGAAGUUGGUCAAUGCAACAAGCGAAAGUUAGAGCAAACAGUCCCGUUAAUGUACCCGGAAGAGAAUGUUCCACCUUGUCAACCAACUUCGGAUGACUUUGGUACAACAACUACGUUGCCGCAACCAAUUGAUAUGGGUGUUAAAGAUCCCUUGCCCAAGAAAAGGGGAAGGAGGAGGCCCAAAGGUUCUCGCAACAAGGGACUAGCAGAGAUUGGAUAUAAGAAGCCACGACAGAAGAAGGUUGUCCAGGUUAGGCGAAAUUUCCCUCCUCAACAAACAGUCGCAGAGGCUAAUCAAAUGGAAUUUGUUGCCGAAGAUGAUAUACUUUUAACUGGCACAUCUACCAGCUUUUCAGAAUACUUGUAG